UUCUCAUUGGUCCGUUCUUCCUUUCCCUCUUCUCCAUUGGCCAGAUAACUCGGCGGCCCCGCCCUACGGAAGUGUGUCCUUGACAGUGUGAGAGGCGCUGGCCACAGGGUUUGGAUGUCACUAUGGCUCAGUCGAACCCCCCCAUGAUUGAUGGCUUCACCCCCAGCUCCCCCACAUUAAAGGAGGGCUUCAAGGGCAAGUUUGUCAGGAAGGUCAAAGAAAACCCGUUUGUGCCUUUAGGUAGGUAUUCAUCCCAGGGAUCACAGUGACUGCUGAGCAUCAUGGGAUAUGUAGUCCUAGAAAACUGGAGGGCCGCAGGCUGGAUUAAAGUCUAAUUAAUUUAGUCAUAACAGCAGCUGCAUAUAGGCACCUGGUCAUAUAAUGGCUUUAAUGACAGCAGUAAAUUUAAUACCUUCUGGGCAAUCUAUUCAAAUUUUGCAAUAUUUUAUAUUUUAAGUUUUAAUAUUGAAUGCUCCUUGGUAAAACACAUUAAAUAUCCUGUGUGUGUAAAUGUUUUUAAAUUAGGUUUGUGUUUUUGCUCUAUAUGAAUGUCCGCUAUUUUUUUUAAGUUACCAUUCCAAAUCCUAGCCUCUAUUCUGACAGGGUUAUUCAUUAAACCAGGGUUUUUUCAGGGAAUUUAAUAUUUUAGGCUCAACAAACUCAGUUGGGAACAUUGCCCAUUGCAGCUAUUUUUUGAAUUUUUUUUUUUAUUUUUUUAUUUUGCAGCUCUGCUGUUUUGGCUUAAAUAUUGAAAUUCUCUUGCCAGUUCCUGGUGAAGUGAAUAACCAGGAUUGUGUGUCUCUCUUAUCAGCCAUUAGUGUGGCAUGAAUGUACAGUACUGGGAAGAGACAGAAUUAAAGGAACACUCUAGACCAGGCAUAGGCAGCCUUUAUCACUCCAGGUGUUUUGGACUACACCCCCCAUGAUGCUUUACUAGCAUUAUGGGUGUAAGAGCAUUAUUGGGGAUGUAGUCCACAACAUCUGGAGUGCCGAAGGUUGCCUACCCCUUGCCUAGCCUAAUAAAUGCAUGUAAAUAAUGCAUUUAAUGAAAACACUUAAACUUUUUUUUUUUUUUUUUUAAACUAGGUUUCCUGUCUGACGGCUGCAGUUACCCUGUUCUUUACUGCCCAACAAACUUCCUGGUUUCUACUGGAAGCGUUUGUUAGGACAGCUAGCAGCCAAUUUAUUGCUUCUCAUAGAGCAACAUUGGAUAUCAAUUAGCUCAGGGUGAGCCAGACAGGGAGCAAACCAGUAUCUCUAACCAGCUAACCUCUAGCAGGCACUCUUAUAGUGCAGCGUCUGAGUGAAAGCACUUUGUUGAACAAAUCCUGUAUAGCCAACCUGGAAUUCUUUUUGUAAUUUUUUUUUUUAUUUUUAUAUAUAUUAUUAAGAUAGUAUUACAGGAUAUAACAUUUCAUAAGAAUAUGUUGCAAUAUUUUUUAAGACUGGAUAAAGCAGUAUAUCAAGGCAUAUUAUGAUGUUAACAUGUGUAACACAGAAUUGCAUGGAAUUCAGUGCUGACUGAUGCCAGAGGUGGGGUUACACUUUGACAAAAAAAAAAUGAAAAUAACACUGAUGACAACAUUUCAAGAAGAAAUACACAUACCGCUUUGGUGCACCAAAACUACUCUGACAAGUAAAAGUGAUUAUGGUGCAUAGAGUAUCCCUUUAAUCAGGGCUUGACAAAUUUUCUUGACAUCUAGUAGCUAGCUAAAAUAGUUCGGAUUUUUGAAAGUCAAAAAUAAAAAUUUUAAAGGGACAUUCUAGUUACCAGAACCACAACAGCUUAAUGCAGUUGUUUUUAAGUCUAUACCUGCACACUUUUCAAUGUAAGCACUGACUUUUCAGUCUCCCUAGCUUUGGGAAAGCUGGAGUGGAUUAGCUUUCCUUGAGGCUCAGUGGGGCUGCGGUCAUCGCUCUGCUCCCUAGAGCACUGUCUAGUGAUGGGCUGGAAUGAUGUCAUAUUCUGGCUCCCUGCAUCACUGCAGCGCGCACAAAGGAGCAGGAGAUCACAGCUUCCUCAUCACUCUCCCAUUCAGCCGCCUGCGGGCCGCUUCACUCAUUCAGCUGAGUGAGCCGACUGCCCACCCCCAAUCUUGGGCAGUUGGUCACCUCUGGGACUGAACAGGCUCACAAAUCCAAGGCGCCAGGACAAAUUUUCUGGUCGCCAAUGCGACCUGGCGGCUGGAAUUUGUUCAAGCCCUGCCUUUUAAUAACCACAGCAACAGAAAGCAGCUGUUAUCUGCAAGUGUGGCAACCAUCAGUCUUGGUCAAGCCAGCACAUGUAUAUUGAGUUGCUGCACUAAGGAUGAUGAAUCGUGCCCUACUCUGUGUCUUUCCAUUCUGUUAUGAGUCUCCACAUACAGUGUGGGAUAUGAAACCAUGAUCUGAAAUGGGUAGAUGUGUAGCGGAGUAGUAGUAUUAUCCACGGUAUCACCGCUGGUAGACCGAAUCAAGCAGGCACAAAGCAGGUACAAUCCAGGUAGCGUAGUUACAAUCCCUUCCUCCCAAGAACUAGACGACACAUAGCUUGGAGGUCAACUGAGGUAUUUAUGGGAUUCCCCAUGUAAGGGGUUUCCCUACUGACAUUCCAGGGGUGGUACAGUAGGGGACUGCAUGGGGAACUGAACAAUACAUGCAUUUUUCCCACCAUGCACUGCUGCACGAGAGGGAUACUCCCACGAGAAUAUACCGUUAAGUGGAUUAUCCCUCCGUGCAGCAGAACUUACAUUUCACAUUAAAAUACAUAUCUCCCAUAAUAUUCCCUUCAUUUAAACGAAUGGACGUUCGGUAGAUAGCUGGGGUCUGAGCGCAUAGUUCGUGAGAAUACCGCUCAGAUCCCAGCCUAACUAACCGAACGCCGCACGAAAUACACAUGAAAUUCAAGUUCUGCUCAAACUACCGAUUUGAUAUCAGGGUAACAACCUCCCGAACGGCCGGGGCUCCCGAACGGCCUGGAAGUCCAGCGGGGUUCGCGCCGUCGAGUAGCCGAUUUUGGUUCCAGGCGCUCGACGACAAAACCCCGAUGGGCUAACAAAAGAACCAAGAUGGCCGACCGCCGCGUGGUCGGUAGUCGAACGACGACCACCUAGAAACACACUUAAUUACCGAUUGCAACAAUGUUAAUGGGCGCCACAUGACCUCCUGUGUGUGGUCGUGCAUUCAGUAAGUUAUUCGUUUCACGAACAGUGUUUAAACUCACUGUUCGUGAAACUACAGUAUGAAUUCUGGGGUUUUCAUACCGCCAGCAUACGAAUGCCCUCAUUCGCCUGAAAUACAAAUACAAUACUGCACUGGUCUCUACGGCUUUAGCAAGAAUACAAACAUACGUAUACAUCAAUAGUCUCUAGUGGCUAGUUUUGCCACAAGAUGGUAGACUGCUCGUUCUGUGUAUCUCACAUUCUAAACCGUGCAUAUGGGAUUACUUACAUUUUUUGUAACAUUAAGAAUAUUACACAUUUGCAACUGUAGUGCUUUACCCAAGAGCAAAAGUGUACAUGAGUACACUGAAACUUUAUAUGAUCCAAGCAUUAGAAUAUAUUUUUCAUAACCUGAAGCGUAUGUAGAUGUUUGGUUUGGGUUUUUUUUUUUUUUUUUUUAUUAAAUAAGAGCACUUAUUUCUCUUUGUCCAGUCAUCUUACUGCGAUUAGUAAUGUUACCUUUGAGACGGUGUGGUAGCCCAGGAAUGAGAAUUACCCCCAUAAUGGCAUACCAUUUGAAAAAGUAGACAACCCAAGGUAUUGAAAGUGGGGUAUGUUUAGUCUUUUUUAGUAGCCACAAACACUUGCCAAAGUUAGCGUUCAUAUUUGGUUUUUGUGUGAAAAAAGCAUAAAACGAAUAUUUGGCCAGUGUUUGUGACCAAGUGGCUACUAAGAAAGACUGGACAUACCCCAUUUACAAUACCUUGGGUUGUCUACUUUUGCAAAUGGUAUGCCAUCAUGGGGGUAAUUCUCAUUCCUGGGCUACCAUACACUCUCAAAGGCAACAUAACCAAUCUUGCAAAUUUCAAUGUCAAAAAAAUGAAAUGCAAGCCUUAUAUUUGACUCUCUAACUUUCCAAAACACCAUAAAACCUGUACAUGGGGGGGUACUGUUAUUCUCGGGAGACUUCACUAAACACAAAUAUUAGUGUUUUAAAACAGUAAAACAUAUUACAACAAUAAUAUAGUCCAUAAAAGUGCCGUUCGUUUGUAAAAAAAAAAAAAAAAUGCAAAAAACGUAAUUUUUACUUAAAAUAUCAUUGUUAUACAAGUUACCAUUUUGAAACAUUAAUAUUCGAGUUCAGUGAAGUCUCCCGAGUAAAACAGUACCCCCUAUGUACAGGUUUUAUGAUGUCUUGGAGGGUUACAGGGUCAAAUAUAGUGCUUGUGAAUUCAAUUCUCUGCACUUUCUCCCUGUGUUGUCAGGCAUGUCAAUCAAAUUUUAAUUAAUCAAAUCACAUAAUUAUGUUAAAAGAUUACUUAAAUAUACACGUAGAAUUUUAAUAUAUAUGCAUUUAUAGGUAUUUAAAUUCCACGUGUAUACUAAUGUAAUCUUUUAUGUAAUUAUAUGUAUUUUAUAUAUUCAUAACAAAAUACAGUUAGAAUGAAAUUACAUAUGUAUAUAUAAUUUAUAUGAAAUUUUAUUAUUGUAAUUAUGUGUGUGUGUGUGUGUGUGUGUGUGUGUGUAUAUAUAUAUAUAUAUAUAUAUAUAUAUAUAUAUAUACUCUAUUAUAUGUAUGUGUGUAUGUAUGUAACGUCAUUCUAAGUGUAUUUUAAUACUAAUAUAUGUACUUAUAUUAAUAUUAAAAUACAUUACGUAUGACGUUACAUAUAUACAAUAUGUAUACAUAUAUUAUAAAAAAUACUUUUAAUUUAUUUUAUAACAUGUUUAAUUUUUUACUUUCCCACCAGCAGGGGGACUGUCUGACAUUUCAGACAGUCCCCCUGCUGGCAGAUCCACAGCCAGCUAUAGGGGGCCAUGUGAUCGCCCUUUGAGGAGGGCUGCCUGGGCUGUCAGGCAGCCAUCCAGAAGAGGAUCGCGGUGGAGGUAAGUACCUCCGAUCGCCAGGGGCAGAAAGCCGUUACGGCGUUCUGUGCUGCCGCAACGGCUUUAAAGCCGGGACGGCAUAGAACACCGUAACGGCGUUAAGGGGUUAAUUGCAGACCCCUUUCCUUUGUUUUGAUUACAAGGGUUGCUAAAGAAAAAUACCUCAAAAUAGAUUCUGAUUUAGGAAAUAUCACCUGUGCUUUGGAUUUGAAUCUGUUUUGGAAGUUCUAAGUCAUAUAUUACAAACGUGUAUUAACAUUUUACUGGCAAAUGUUUCCAAAAUGUAAUAUGCAGACCUUUUUUCUUAUAGCGGUUUUGAAACUUCUGUAAACAUUAAUGGUUUUUAAAUAUCUUUAUUUUUCAAAAACUGUAAAAUAGAAUUUAUUAAGUAUAUUUGAAAAGAUUUUAGAAUAAGCUCUCUAUAUUCCUGAAUAAACAAUAUUGUUGUAUGUCCACAAAUAGCGAUGUGGCACACCCCUCCGGACACCAGGAGAUGGGUGGACCUGGAAUCCCUGAUUAUGAAAUCGGACCUCCCUCAGUUUUACAUAUGGACCCCGAAAGAGCACAGAGCACUUUUAAGGACUACCUGCCCAGCUAUUACAAAUUCGAUUCACAUCUGGGACAAAUACGCCACAAAAUACGAACUAACAACAUCGUCCUCCCCCCUCACCCCCAUAUAUAGAAAUAGGGCAUUUAUUCCAGGCAUGAGACCCAGAGAUUUCAAAGGCCUGGAAAAUGCCACGACAUAAUCACCUUCGCUGAAUUACAAACCAGAACAACCCUAACCCCGCAGAUUUCUUUAGGUACCUCCAGCUAAGAUACUAUGCUACCCAAGAAUCUGUUAAAAGAGCGGCACUAGCUAAACCAACAUUCUUUGAAAACAUAUGCCUGGCCGAACGCUACCAAAAGGGAUUGAUCUCCCUCUUGUACUCCCAUCUCUGCUCCACUACACAGGACUGGGGCACCCUCCACUACACAGACAAGUGGGAAACCGACCUUGGAGAAACAUUAGAGGGGAUAGACUGGCAGGACAUAUGGCAGGCCACUGCUAAAACCUCUAUUUGCGUCACGAUGCAAGAGCAGGCCUACAAAACGAUGUUCAGGUGGUAUACCACCCCUGUUCAGCUAUAUCACAUGAAAAAAACACCCACAGACCUCUGCUGGCGCAAUUGUGGGGAGAGAGGGACAUAUACCCAUAUGUGGUGGCACUGCCCUAAGAUUAAAAUUUACUGGACGGCCAUUUGAACCCUCAUGACCCAAAUAUUUGAUAGGCCAAUGACACUGAACCCUUGGACGUUGCUACUGGCCAGACCUCAGGAGAAUUGGUCUAAACCAAACCAGCAUCUGUUUAACAAAAUAACCUUAGCGGCCAGGAGAGCGUUAGCCCAGACCUGGCUACAGCAGGACACCCCCUCAGUAGCAAUAGUGAUUAACAAAAUCAAAGAAUGCCACUUAAUGGACAAACUCACGGCCCAAAUUAGGGGCACAACCAAAGCUUUUACUAAGACGUGGGAACAGUGGGAGACCUAUAAUGACCAGUAAGACCAAUUAAGACCAUGUAGCAGAAAGGAGUCGCAAACGCUAACGAUGGACUGCAGUAACCCCCCCCAUACCUUGCCCCCCCCCCCCAAUCUACCUCAACUUCUCUCCCCCCACCCGGCCCACGACCGUUUGGACCGAGAUUACCGGUAUCCUGGCCCACAGUUCAGUUAUUUUGUUUUUCUAUACACACUGUUCUUGUUGAAACAAUAAUACCAACAACCACAACGGAUGAAAGUAGAGAUGUUAAAAAUCCUCAUAUGUACCUGACGUGUGUAUGUACUUUUGAAACGCUCUUGCACGAGCCAAACCUUAUGCAUUGUCUACUCCAUACCGUUGCAAAAAUAAAGAAUUCAAAAAAAAAAAUAUUGUUGUAUGUCAAACGUGAUAUUCAUAUAUAGAUUUGUUAUUUUUAUAUAGGAGAAACAUGAGCUAUCUGUUGUUUUUCACAGGGUGCCUAGCCACAGCUGGAGCUCUGACUUAUGGACUCAUCUCGUUCAAGCAGGGGAAAACUCGGCAGUCACAACUAUUGAUGCGUGCCCGUAUUUUGGCACAGGGUUUCACAGUUGCUGCCAUCAUGGUUGGAGUUGCGAUGACCGCUAUGAAACCUCGUUCUCCCUCUCGCUGAAGGUGCGGUAUUUCAAGAGGACUCCCUUAUAAGACAUCUAUGUACAGUUUGCUCCACGUUAUAUUUUUCACAAUGCAAAUCUGCUUCCCUUUAAUGGUGCUGAAAUGUAAUUGGAUUAAAUUUGCCACAUAAAAUACAUCAAAUAAUCGCCUUUUUUUUUCUUAUUAAAUCUCCGGAUAUGACUUUUAAUGCUGUUCAGGUAAGCCUACUGUUCUAUGAUAGGAGCCUCAUAGGUACAUACAUAUAUGGACUGGGGGGGUGGAGAAAGGCAAGUCUAUAACAAACAAAAAAAAACCAACAAAAAACAUGAAAGUAUUGUAAAAGUUACCUUUCUGUUUCUCUUCUAUUAAAGUAAUAUAUUUGUUUGCUAAAAUAUAGAGCUAUUUCAUUCUGUAUUACCCUUUAUUCUGUUGUGAAAUAUGUACCAUACCUUCCUAAACUUUAAAUUCAUCAUCAAAGAAAUCAUUCAGAAGAUAUUGACAACCUUCAAAGGUUUUUCUGCUCAACAUUUAACACUGUGCUCAUUCAGACUCCAGUUACACCAUUCGGGUCAGGGCCGCUGCAAGGAUUCCUGCCGCCCUAAGCAACAAUACAUUUUGACGCCCCCUCAUGAACGCAACUACAUUCCCUCGCAGGUUUAUUCACUAAACUCUGAAUUACAGUGAAGAGACAUUUAGGGAAAGAGACGCACUGAGUAGGCAUUAAAGGGAAACUAUAGUGCCAGGAAAACAAACUUGCUAUCGUGGCACUAUAGCAUCCCCCUCGUGGUGCAGAAAGGGCUAAAACCCCUUCUGUCACUUACCUGGGUCACCAAUGUGCUGGCUUUGGUCCGCCUUCGCUCCUCAAUGGCCACGCUCACAGUGGUAUUUCUGUUUUGCGUGAUGCUGGACGUCCCCAUACAUAGCCACUAGAGGAGUUAACCCUGAACGGUAAUUAUUGCAGUUUCUUAAUUGCAAUAAUUACCUUUGCAGUGUCACUUACACAAUCUCACUAAUACACACACACACACUCAUUGUCAUACCCACCUACACAUUUUUACUCUAACUUACACUCACUAAUACACACACCACCAGAGUCACUUGCACUCUCACACUAACACACACACACACACAAACACAGCAGUUUAAUACAUACCAAUUUACAAACAUGCACACAAUAAACAAUCCCCCUUAACCAUGCCAUACCUGGGUGCUAUGAAGAUGAGAAGAGGUCCAGCCUGCAGGAUGUUCCUCUUCUCUCUGCUGGGGGAGCAGGAGAGCCGUGCACUCUGAGCACAGACGGCUGCUUCCUGCUCCCUUCACCGUGCUUCCGUUGUUCACAGGCAGGGGGCAGCUGGAAUACCAGGUCAUGUCCCGGCUUCCCCUGCCUGCAGGAAGCAGUGUGCUCUGCUCGGGUGCUGGGGUUACAGUAAACCCAACUCCCCGAGCAGGUAAUCAGCUGCAGAGGGAGCCCAGCAGCUGAAUGGCUGCGCUGGAGGGUGGCUAAGGAGCUGCUCUCCCAGCAUCCCUAGACAGCAGUAGCAGGGCAGCCCAGCAGGAAACCUCUCGGUGGGUGCCCCCCAAAGGCCAGCACCACAGGCGCAUGCCUUAUUCACCUAAUGAUAGCGCUGGUCCUGAUUCUGGUCAAAGGAACACUUCCCAAAUACAAAAUAAAUAUUUUUUUUUUAUAUAUAUUCCCCAAUGAAAAUAUGAAUGCGUUUGCAAGCUGCUCGCUUCUAAUCCUGCCAGACUUUCUGUGGCUCUUCAAUCACAGACUUCUCUUCUCUUUGCAAGGUAGGUGUUCUGGGUAAUUAUCUGAAUCUUGAGCUUAGCUCCACUUAGCUAAACAACCAGGAAGUAACAUGACCUGUUGUCUGAUUGGCAGCCUGAAAGUGUAACCAGGUGAAUUUAUAAAAGUGCUAAUUUCAAUUGAAAUCUGCACUUCUUGUAAAAUGGGGGAGGAGGGGGGCUGUUUGUGUAUGUGUAUAUAUGUGUGUGUGUGUGUAUAUAUAUAUAUAUAUAUAUAUAUAUAUAUAUAUAUAUAUAUAUAUAUAUAUAUAUAUAUAUAUAUAUAUAUAAAAUCUAUCUCUGUGUAUGUAAAAUAAAAAUAUUGGGUCAUACAUUUUGGUUCACUUAAGCUGUGACGGAUUAAUUACUGGUCCUCCAGUAUGAAAUGUAAGUGGUUAUCAUGUCAUCUGUGUUCAGACUUUUCACACUAAAUGUAAACAUUCAGUGACGAGCUUAUGAAUACUGGUCUGUGUUAAUGAGGUAUCCCGCAGUGCCAGAUAAACUUAGACCUCCUAUUAGACCCUGUGGUUUUGUGGGGUAUGAUUGUGGCACUUUAUCUUGUUGGAAAACGUUUUUUUGAUUUCUUUUUUUUGUGUAUUUUCUGGUGUAUAGUCCUUCCUCUACAUGCCAUACUUCAGUUGGUUUCCUGUAUAUCUUAGGCCUUUGGAUAUUCGUAUUGGCAUGCUUGAUUCUUUUUUGCCUCUCAUUAUUGAGUAUAGUAUGUAGCAACAUUAUACCAAUUGACUUUGUCAGCAGUAGGAUUUGUUUGCGCUCAAAGCUGGUUGUUCUGGUUUGAGAUCUUAUGAAAUGCAAAGGUAUUCUGUUCACGUGAGUCUUUAACCUCUCUUCCAUUUGUCUCUGCCUUCAUAAGUGGGAGAUACUGGGAAGUGUAUCUUUUGUAAAAAUCUAUUUUCUACAGACCUAUGAAAUCCUGAGUGUGUGGCCCUUUGGAGUUAUAUUAUUUGUAUUUAUUUUUUGUUUUAGGAGCAAUAACAGCACUGCCCAUCACUCCAGCCAUCCUCAGAGGUCCAUUGGUGUUACACUUUUAAACACCCACGCUUCACUGCUGCCUCCUCCUUCCUGCGAUUGGCCCAGCUUGGGGACAGUGUAACACUUUAGGCAUCCCACACUUACACUUGCAGGAGGACUAGCACAGUGUCACCGAGCAGGAGAGCUGUCUGUUAGAGGGCUUUCUCUGUUCUUUCAAUCCUCAUCUUGGACCUAUAUGCUGCCAGCAUACAGGUAUAAUGCUUAAAGAACCACUAUAGUGCCAGGAAAACAUACCGUUUUCCUGGCACUAUAGCCCUGAGUGCACCCUCAGGGACCCCCGCCCGGCUCUGGAAAGGGGAAGGGGUUUAAACUACCUUUUCAGCUGGGCGGGAGCUCUCCUCUCCCUCCUCUGAUCCUCCCCCCCGGCUGAAUGCUUGCAGCGAGCUGCUGUAGCGCAUUCAACCCGUUGCAUAGAAAGCAUUUAUAAUGCUUUCCUAUGGGCUAGCGUGCUCUCACUGUGAAAAUCACAGUGAGAAACACGCAUAUCUAGUAAUGUCAAUGAGACAGCCACUAGAGGAAUAGGGGAGCCUGUAGAGCUCAGUCUGCGCGGAGCCCUCCAUAGGUGAAAAUGGAUUAAAAAAAAAAUUAGCGUUGGGUUUUAUUAUUCGUCAGGUUUUUUUUUUGCGCUCUGAUUUUUUAUUUUAUGUUCUACUGGUAUGAUGGUUUUUUAUUUUGCCUUUUUUGGGGCUGAAAAAUUAAGAUUUUAGAAGAAAGAAGAUAUCAAAUGGUAAGUUUUCUUUUUAUUUACAGGUUAGUUAUUUUAUUCCCUACUCACUAUUUGUAGGGUGAGGGGGGUAGUUAGAGGAUAGUUUUUAUUUGGGUGGGGGGGUGGGUGACUAGUCAGCUUUAAAGGGGGUGGGGGAAUUUGUCCUAGUAGGUCCCCCCCCACCCUCAUUAUCUUUAUGGCCCCCACCCACCGCUCAGGGUUGGGGGCCGAGGAGGGAGGACAGUAGCCACAUUUUUUUUUUAUUUUUUUUAAAAUCACAGAAUCAACACUGGAGAUGAUAUACAGGCAUACUCCGCUUUACAUACCCUCACUUUACGUACACUAGUGCCUUGCAAGUACGGACAUUCCCGCGCUGCUUCUGUCAGCGAGGGAACAGGAAAUGGAAGGUUCUAUUCUCGCCCGGAGCAGCUCUUCAGCUUCCCUCCCCUUUUUUUGGGAUCAUUGUGCAAUAAACAUUAUAUAAAAUGUAUGUGACGUAGUUGGCAUGCACCAAACAAGUACUUGUACGGUCAUGAAGAAAGCAAAUAGCUGUUGCAAUGUGUGUGCCUUAGUACCCAACCCUGGUAAUGUUGUUGCUUCUCCGCAGUAUGAGUUUGAAAGCUGCAGUUCUCACUGGCCACCAGUAGGUGCUGCGGCCAUUAGCACUUUGCUGAUUGAACUUUUAUUGGAGUAUUCUCUAAAGUGAAAAUUGUCGGGAAUUCAAAGUGAUUUUCACACUUGAAGCUAAAUUAGCUGAACUGGUAAAUUCUCCAAGUCAGCUAUGCUUUCAAUUUGGCUAUGUUGGCCUUAUAUUUGCAAUUCACAUUGAAUUAAUUUCUCACCUUAAUAAAUAACCCUGGAAAACAUAGGUUGGGAGUGUUCUUGAUGCCGCCAAGGAGUGCAACAUCAAAGAUAAGAGACUGCAAAAAGAUAAACUGAACACGUACAUAUUUAUUUUGUAGAAAACACUUUCAUUCCAGUUUAGAUAACUGUAUUGCUUUAACAAAUGGAGAACAUGCAAUUUAACAUAUAUGUGCAAAUACCUUGGUUUUGGGUUUUUUAAUAUUAAAUAACGAAUAAAAAAAACAAACAAAAAAUUAGGUUAGAAUAAACAAACCGUGACUAGAGCUAGACUGGACAAUUUGUCCAAAUUGCUAUUUUUACCUGCCUACAUUUUGAAGUUGUAUUUUCAAUUCUCUAAAAUCAGAUGUUGAUUUUAAAAAAAACCUCAUAAUUGGUUUAUUUUUCUAUGGUAGGCAUCUCCCGGCACAAUUUAUGCUCCGCGUUUUUAAAUCUGAUCCAAUUCUGUUAUCAUUUGAUUCCCAUCCAAUAUAUUUAGAAAAAUGAAUAAAUAAAUUAAAAAAAACAUCUAUCAGAGAACAUGGUUUAUCUUGACUUAGAAAGGAUUUGUACUGUGACGAGACCACUGUGCAUUGGAGGAGCCUGGUUGCCUGCCUGCUGCCUUUUGACUAUGGACCGGCAUUUAAAUACUUUAUUUUCCUAUGCAGAAAGGUCUAUUCAUGUAUUUCUGCCCUGGCGUUCGGUAGAUUCUCGGAUUUACUGAAUGAACUAAUUUAACCCAGAUAGCUAUGCCAUGGAGCCUAUUCAGACUUUGGCUCCAUGGCAAUUGAACUGUAUGUGUGUGGUCUGAGUGCCAAUCAGUAAUAAUGUGCGUUCAGACCUAAGUUAUCUGGGGAUAUGUUGCAUGUCUGUAUUUUAUGUAAUAAAUGUAACCUUGUGUAUUUUAAUGUAUUUUACUGUCUUUUGCUGCCAUGUGGCUAAUGGAGUUUUGCCUCUGUCCUUGGAGUUAAUUGGAUUACUUCUCAAUUAUCUCCAGGAUAGAAGACUCUGUGGAACUGGUUUUGGGCAGAAAAGCCAUGCAUCAUUUGGUCACAAAGGACUUAACUUUUGACCCACUGGACCAAUUUGUAUGAUUUUGACAUAUGUUUGUAUUUGGAGUAUGCUGAUUCUGAAAAUGUAAGUUUGGAGUGCUACUUUGUAUCCUGUUCGUUUGGGGUUCUGCGGUAGCUGUGCCUGUGUCUCUGGAAGGGGAAGAUCUACUAAACGGCGGUUUAACCCUUUUAUGCCUGGAGGUGCCGUUACAUGUACCAACACUAUAUUUAACCAGUUUUACAAUUAAGUUUCAGUUAGUACAUGGCCUUAUCUAUACAGCUAUCAGUUUGGUUUUAAUUGUAUAGAGAACUUUUUUUCUCAUUAAUUGUAGCUCAUGUUAUAUCUUUUACAGUACGUACAUCAUAUUUAGCCACAUUUACAAAGUCAAUAUACCUGCACUCUGUGUAUAGCUUUAACUAAUGACAUGCUAUUUAUUGCCUUAUCAGUUACUCUAACAGUUGUUGCCAGACAGAAAGAAAAGGAGAAACGUUAAGAAGGCAUGGACUAGCAGGCAGCUGGAUCUUCAAAUGCAGACUUUGAACUCUAUGUGAUGUGCAAUGCUGGGCACUUACUGACUAGGCCCCCUGGGCCACAGAAGACAUAUUUGGGUCACCAUGCUGAACAGGAUUUGCCAUGUACUGAAUAUGUUUUGACCAAUAUAAUUUUUAAAGGCCUUUUGGACCGAUAAACGAUAACUGGUACCAAUAUUCUUCUCCCCUCCCUGCCUUUUACCUGUGGCCAGGGAGGGGAACUUUGUGCAGUCUGCCAGGGUGUUUCCCAUUGUAGAGGGGGCAGAUCAAACCAUAUUCUGUUUUCCGGUCCUCUGAGAGUUGGAGAAAAGAGUUCAAGAAAACGUGCGCUGCCCCCCGCAUGAUUGGUAUCAGUAUAGGCUGAUACCAAUAUUUGCCAUAAUGCUGAAUAUCGGCCAGAACCUAUAAUUGAUCGAUCUCUAGUGCUGACAACUAGAUAUUAAAAUCUUGAGAAGUAUUGUUCAAGCACAGAUCGUACUUCUCCAUGAUUAAUUAACUAGGGCUCAAAAUUUCUACUCACCACUAGCAAUUGGUGAGUGAAAAUGUAGUUCUGGCAAGUAGAG